UCCGUACUCGCGAUGUGCGACGCGAGAACUCGUAAAACUGCACCUGCCAUACAAGAGAAGCUCGCCAUUUAUGAAAACGUACUGGCAGUGGGUACAUUGAAAGAGUGCGGUGGCGUGGGCAUCGGUCCCACGCUGUCCAAUAUAAGUCUGGGAGCCGUGGAGAUGGUGCAAGAGGGCGAGGGUGCGGGCGACGGCCUCAUCGCGCCGCGCCGCUUGCAGAACCCCUGCCUGGACAACCCUCUGCGUAUGGAUUUGCAUAGAGAGCUAAUGUUUAAUCAAAAAAUAGGAAAAAAUGUUCUCAAUCAAAAAAGCGAACUUCAAAAGGCGCUUUCAAAACAUAAAGAGAAGCAGCUCAUGAAUCAAGUAAAGGACCACAAAGAAACACCAGAACUAGAACGAGCAAUCGCAGAAAGAGCGAGGCGUCUCGAACAAGCAGAACAAAGUACGGAAGAAAUAGAAGCCGGUACAAAUCCAACGCUACAACAAGUUCGUGCUCGUCUGCGACACGCCGCACCGACGCCAUCUCCCGCUGCAUCUGCGCAUUAGGUUUUAUUUGACAUUCCAAAUAAAACGCAAUUCAUAAUCAUAUAUUAAUCAUAUAUUUGAUUCCGAAACAUUUAUAAUGAAAAUGAUUAUCGAAUAAGGAUUUAUAAAAAAUCUUAUACUAUUUUGUUGUCGAAGUUACCAAUCAUCGAUUACAGCGCCAUCUGUUAUUGUAGUUAAAUAUCGACACGCCAUAUUUACUAAUCUUCGUAAAGAUAUACAGAUGUCGCUGGUGUGACGAAGCGUAAUAAAAAGCAGCUGUCAUAAAUAUUUUCGACUUGUAACGGUUUUGGGUUUCGAAGAAUGACGUAAGAUGCGCGAGAUUGUAGGUAUAUGCCUAUGCUUUGAAUGCAAAGCUUGUAAUUGUUUGUUUAUAAUUUUAAUGAUUGUAUAGUUAGAUAGGAAUACGGUGUUUAUUGUUUGUCAUUGAAACUAAGUCACUAAAAGUGUCACAAAAAUAAACUUUUUUAUAUAGAUAGUUUUAUCCUGUAAAAUAAUCGAUAAUUAUUAAACAUUUUGUUUCGUUUUGGUAUACAUUUUUAAUCGAUUGAAUAUAUUUUUUGUUUAAAAAUUAUAGUUACGAUGUUGAAGAUAUAAUUUGACGUGAAUUGAUGUAUUAUGUUAAUAACAAACCAUUGACUGAGGAAACGACUGCGUGAGCUGUAACAAUAAGGGUAUCGUCGUCUUCAACAAGAGAAAAAAAUAUUUUUCUAAACUUUUUAACGUCGCAAUACUAACAUUUCAUCGUGGUCAUCUAUAAUCGUUCACUAUUCUCGUAAGGCACAUUUAUGAUUCUGUAGGUCUUAUCACUAUAUUAUAUACAUAGAUUAUAUUAUCAUCAUUAUACAUUUUUGACUAAAACGUAUAGAGUGUAGUUAGAUGUUAAAACAAUACAUUACGGCUUAGACUUGAAGAUUAAAAUAAAAUUGAUUAUAUUAUCAUAUUUAUUAAAGUAGAGUUCUUAUGAAAAUUAGUAAAAAUUAACUUCUACACAGAAUUAUUCCCAUACCAAUUUUAAUAAAUGUUAUCUUUCCCAUGUACCAAAUAGUUGUCCAGUUAAUAAUUUAUAUCGAAGUGUUCAUGAAAGUGAUAGAAAUGAGAAAUAUUUUUGUAUUUUUAUGUAAUACCUAAAGAGCAUAUUUGUGUAAAACUUCUAAUAGUACGUAGCGGUUCUCAUGAAAAGCAAUACGAGUAUGUUCUAAGCGGACGCUGCAUUCAUACAUUUUACGGUACUUUUAACAUUUCCUCUUAUUGCUCGACUUCUGUUUUUUGACUGAAAAUAUUUUGUUUUUUUUUUUUUUUUUCAAUAUAACAAAUUAGUUCAUAUAUUUAACAACGUGAUUGCAGUAUCUGCUUCGAACAUCCUAAAUAUAUAAAUAUUUUAUAAAUAUGUAAUGAAUUAUAGAAUCUCUGAUACAUUUAAAAUAGUUUGAACUAUAACAUUAAAUAGUUUUCAUACUAGAAUAUAAAUAUUUUUUCAAUGGAGUACGGCAAUCGACAUAACGUUACAUUGUCAAUACUUUAAAAUAUUUUUUUAGUUGUCAAACUUAUUACCAUUGUCAGGUCACCAUAAAAUAUUGUAUUUUUUUUAUCUCGCUCUUGCACAUUGUCUUGGUUUUAUGUAAGAAAGAAAUAGAAGAUUAAUGUUUUAUAAGAAAAUAAAAAUUCUCUCCCCAUUGUGCCUAUGAAUUGAUUGUUAUUUAAUUUCAGGAGGUUAUAAUUAAAUUGUAUUUAUUUAAAGGAUGAUGUCUCUCACUGAAUAUGAAAUCGAAAAUAAAUUCACUUGUUAUUCUUUCACAUCCUCCUUAUGAAUUUAGUUUUUGUCAAAUUGUAAUGUUUAUUAUUUAUAUUAGAUUGACUUAGUACAAAGAUCGCCUUCAAAAUAUGAAGAGGUAGCUUCGGCUUGAGAGCUGUGUGUCGUGGCCAUUUUAAGUUUGAUAUUAUGUGACUAAUCUAGUAUUUAAGUGAUUUAAUUCUUCAUAAAGUUUACAAUGAAAAUGUAUCAAAGUUUGAUCAUUUACAUAGAAUAAUAAAUGAGUUUUAGCA